AUGACUUCCCCGGGCAACAUCACCCUCGUCUACAUCGACAGGAAUGACCUCUUCGGCCCGUCCGAGAAGAUGGCCCUUGCUAUCCCGCGGGGCAUCAGCUACGAAAACUUCCGCGCCACCGCGACGGCACGCCAACUACGGAGGCUCGAGGGGUUCCUUGAGGUAAAGCAACCUCCCGAGCGCAUCCUCGUCACUCUCAGCCGGCUACAUGCCCCGUCUCAGGCUGGCAGCCCCGACGGCCCAGGACGGCAGCCCGACGACUGCAAUGCACGGGUGUACAAGCUGGACAUGCCUGGGGCGAAUCCUCGUUGUCGCGAGGGCACUGAACCCCAGGACGUGUUUGACGAGAUGGUGCGGCACCUCGAACGACGAAGGGACGUCCAUCUGCUGCUGCAGCGGCCAUGGCACCUUGACUCGGCAUGCAUGGCCGGCGAUGACACUGACGAUAUGGAUAUUGAAGACCACCAAAAGGUGCUUCCGCAGUUCUCUGGAAAUAGGGACCUGGCCGACGGCCCUUCGGCUCGUGCUCCACACGAAGGUUCCAUUGACCAAAACGAAGUGCCACUGGAUGAAAGCGACACAGUAUCCGAGACUGGUGGCUCCAGAAGACAGUCUUUGUCCUCGAGCAUUGCAGGCUCUGACAGAACCACACUAUCAGAGCUGUCAGAAGAAGAAGACUGCUCGACUCCUAGCAAGAAUGCCCCCAAGCAAGCAAAGGACAUGUACUAA